GUCUACGUCAGCACGUAAGCGCUUGGCGGUGCGUAGUGACGUCAUUUUUACGAGCCUCUAAUACCUAGUGACCUUCCUCAGCGCUCGUGCAGAACAGCGUCCGGUGUCCGCGAGGUAAUAAACCGCUUCGAGAGAACAAUCUCGCCUGUUUAAAAGGCCACUAUGGGUGACGUUGAAAAGGGAAAGAAGGUCUUCGUCCAGAAGUGCGCCCAGUGCCACACAGUCGAGAACGGCGGCAAGCACAAGGUCGGGCCCAAUCUUUGGGGUCUGUUUGGACGUAAGACGGGCCAGGCAGAGGGCUUUUCCUACACAGAUGCCAACAAGAGCAAAGGUGUUAUUUGGAAUGAGGAGACUCUGAUGGAGUACUUGGAGAACCCCAAGAAAUACAUUCCUGGCACGAAGAUGAUCUUCGCCGGCAUCAAGAAGAAGGGCGAGCGCGCAGACCUUAUCGCAUAUUUGAAGUCUGCCACAUCGUAACGCUGUUCUAUCCAUAGAGAGAUAUUUAAAUUAGACAUCUGUAAUGUUGUUUUUUGUUUUUUUUUUUGUCUUUUAACAAUACCUACCUGAACAAUUUAAUACAUCACUAAACAUCAUGGACUGUUGAAUUCUGGGUAUAGGGUCAUGGCGCGCUGCUGAUGGCCGACUGUUUCAGCAACGCGGGUUCUCGUUAUGUCUUUCUGUCCUGGUUUUCACAGGAGCUGUGGUCUGAUUAAUUUAAACGUAAUGUCUGUUUAUGGAUUGAGAUGCACUGCGAAUGUCGAUGUGUUUAGCGGUUGCCAUGGUAACCAUGUACCAGAUGAAAUUAAAACCCAGUUGAUAAAAGUGAAAAAUCUUUUCCUUCUUCUGCUUUAUGCAUGCUUCUAUAGAGAACUUCUACAAUAAAAGGGAUCCCACUUAUCUGUAAA